GUGAUAGCGAUCUUGUGCUGAACAGGGAGAAAGGAUCCAAAAUAGGGUCUGUCGCAUGACCUAUAGAGCCACUAAUAUGGACGAAGACGUGGUGUCCUUUGGCCAGGAGGUCCAGGUCGUGGAUCCUGAAGUUCGCGCUCAUGUGUACAGUCUGGUGACUGCGCUUGGAGGCUUUAAUGGCGAGAAUGCAGAUUGCUAUGUGCUUGGUGAUGACGCGUUGGCGUGUUUACGAGAUAUCAAACGAUGGCUCAAACUAUACGACGAGAAGAUCAACCGUAUGGAUGUGGCAAGAUGUUUGGGAGAAGCCAAUCUCGUGAAUGGAGAUCUACUGCCCAUCUUGUCGAACUGGUGGACGAGCGGUCAGAACAACAAGCACAUGUCCCGGAUCGCUCUGGCGUGCUUGGAAUUACUCGUCCCUUUAACCUGGCCUGCGGAGUUCCACAAAGAUAUGACGGUCAAUCACCAUCGCCAUACCCCCUACAUACAGCAAGCUCAAGUUCGAUAUAAACGAGGUCUGCUCAGUUACGGCGGCUCCAACCUUCUCCGAACCGUCAUUCGAAUCGCCCUGCCGAGUAUGGCGGUGCCCCGAUCAGAACGGACGACUAGAGACGAAGGCAUCCUCAAACUUAUGCUUUACCUCUUCCGGAAUAUUUCAAUUAUCUCGCAGAGCGCACGCCUGGCAGCAGAAGGUGAUGAGGAGGAGACAUCGAGAUCGGUGACGAUCAAUGCAUUUGCGGAACAGGAUGUGUUCGCACUUCUCCUCACCAUGUGUUCAAAUGUGGGGGAUGAUUUCAGCCAGCAAGAUAUGGCCCUUCUGGAAAUAUUAUUCCACUUGGUCAAGGGUGUGAAUGUGGAGAAGCUGUUCAUGGACGACGUCCAACGAACGGCGAAACGCACCGACGAGCUGAAAGAUCUCCUAUCUAAGGAGUCGUCCUUGAAGAGGGAAUAUGCAAAGAAUGCACCUACACGUCAUGGCCGGUUUGGAACGAUGAUCUGGGUCAAACGUGACGAUGCCAAGAUGUCGACCGUCUCUGGUCAAGAUGUUCUCAAGGAUGAACAGACCACUCUGUUGAAAAUGGAUCAGAGCAAGAAGUGGAAUAAACCCCAGCCACGCCGGAGACAAGAAGAAUUGAGCACGAACAAUAGUUUUGACACUCCCACCCAUCUCUCCUCCACAGCAACUAAGAAUUUGCGGUCAUUCGUGGAAGAGUUUUUAGACUCGGGAUUCAACCCAUUGUUCACUCAUGUUCGGAAGGCAAUUGAACGAGAAGCAGAACGUGUGACGGAUAUCAAUAGUCGCCAGUUCUUCUAUACGGUCUCCUGGUUCCUGGAGGCGGAACGUGUGCGUCGUACCUACCAGAAAUAUACGCACGAGCAGAGCAAAGGAAAAGCGAAGGAGAUGGAGCCUGACAGCUUUGCGCUUGUUGCUGGCGUUUUAAACCAGGAAACAUUCGUCUUUCUGAACAGAGCCAUGCAAUAUGGUCUGGACCAUAAAGAUUGGGAGGACAUUAAUGCAGAAAUGCGUUGCUUUACCCAGAUCCUGCUAACUGUUCAGGAAAUGUCAAAGUCCCCCCUUGAAGAGGACCAGGAGAUUGCGGAGAACAUUCAAAACCGGAUCUUUUACGAGGAAACAACUCAUGAUAGAGUAUUGGCUCUUGUACGUGGAUACAAAGAUCAAGGAUUUGGCUACUUGGAUGCCUGCACAGAACUCUCCCAUGUUUUUUUGCGGAUGUUGGAACGGUACUCAAAAGAGAAUAUUGAUCUGCAAAUACGAUCGCGCCGGAAAGCCCGACGGAAGAAGACGGCUGAAAAGAAUGCUACCACAAAUGGAGAAGAAGAGGACCCUGAAGAACAAGCAUCGGAAGACGAAGAGAUUGAGGACGCAGUGAAGGUCGCCAAGGAACGAACAUUCGAUUUCAAGCGCUUUUCUGCCAAGUUUUGUACCCAGAAAAGCGUCGACACAUUCUUCGCUUUUACCAAGUUUUAUAAAGAGCUGGACUCUGAACAACUCAAACGUGCUCAUCGCUACUUCUAUCGAAUUGCCUUCAAGCAAGAGAUGAGUGUUUUGCUAUUCCGUGUCGACAUCAUCAACCUGUUCUACAAGAUGAUUAAAGGACCUGGUGGCUUAGAUCCCAGCAAGCCUGUCUUCAAGGAAUGGGAAGAGCUGGUACGGCAAAUCAUUCGAAGGUUGGUGAAGAAGAUCGAGCAGCGGCCGGCACUCAUAACCGAGCUGUUGUUCAGCAAAAUCAAUGCCACCGCUUUCUAUCUUGAAUAUGGCCAUGAGAAACAGACAUUGACGUCGGAGAAGAGACCGCCAGCUGAGCUCUCUAUCCACCCCACAUAUGCAACUACACUCGAUGAUAAGAUGAAGAUUGUCGUGUCUGCCUUGGUCAUGGACAAGCGGCCGGAUCUAGUGAGAUGGAUCAGUGAUUUCAUCGGAUCUGCUGCCGAUGAGAGAGAGUCGUGGGAAGCUCAAGAAGAAGCGCAACGAGCUCAAACAUCCGAGACAUCUACUACUCCGAACCCUAUGAUUGCCGUUACUCCUCGCGAUGAAGAAUGUCGUAGGGCAAUGUUCUCGAAUAAUAAGCUACGGCUACUUAUGUCAUUAGCCGGUUUCGAGCGCCUCGGCGUUGAAGAUGUGCCUGGUGCUUCUUGGAUUAUUCCCUCUAGGCUCUCGUCUAAAGAUCUGCGAGACACCCAGGGACUUAUCAAUAGAUACCUCGAAAACCCUGUCAAUGACAUUGACGGCCAGGAGCCUGGCAAGUGUCUUCGACGCAAGCGGACGGAUGAAGCUCGCGAUGAUAUCUGGCGACCUACGGUGAAUGUUGAUUUCGGAUCAGACUCCGAAGGAAUGGAAGAUGUACCCGAUGGUCCUCUUUUCCCUCCAAAUCCUCGAUCGAAAGCGAGUGCACUGGAUGAAUUGAAGAAGAAACGCAAGUCCAAGCGGAAAGAUGAUAGGGAAAAGGAGCCGCUGGACGAGGAAAUCGUUGAGGAGCGCCGUCAAGCACGCACGGCUAAUGCCCUAGCCAGGCAAGCGAAAAUUAAAAGCGAUCUUUACAUCCAUGCAAGUGACGAAGAGACAGACGAGGAAGCUGACAAAGAAUUCUUUGUGCUUGAAGAAGAGCGAAGGAAAGCCCAGGCAGCUCGUGUCAAGAAGGCUCUCAUCACUGGUGAGAUGGAGUCCACCGACAUGACAAAGAGUAAAACCGCUGGGCGUAAACGGUCUAGGACUGAGACAGGGAAUGGACGGAAGCGACGGAGAGCCAGUCGUCAAGAUGCCGGGAGUGAAGACGAAAACGAUAGUGAAGACGUGCUUAUGACUGGUCUUGAUGAUAAGGAUGAAGAGAGCAUCCCUCCUGGUCCUGAUGAAGAUGACCUCAUGUUUGACGACGACCUUGCUUUCAGUCGAAAUCGCAAAACCAUAUCCAGCUCGCCUCGGCAGUCCACACCAGAUGUCAUAACUGAGGAUGAGGAAGAAAACGAUGUUGCUAAGGAGGACAAGGAGGGUCAAAACCAGGGCAAGGAUGACGACGACGACGACGACGACGAUGAUGAUGAUGAAGAAGUGCUGGUCGCUACUUCGUCUCGAAGGCGGGUAAGAGGUGGAUUCGUGAUUGAGAGUGAUUCUGAAUAAUGAUGAUGGUCUGGUUCUUCUGGCUCAUGAAUUUGAUGCGGCAACUUAUUAGCUAUCAGAAUUAUACAUACCCUCAUGUGUGCGCCCAACCUCUCAGAUACCCGGUAUUGUAUUUCAUGUCUAUCACAUCAUAGAUGCCUAUAUAGUACCUACGCGGCAUAUAGUUACUAAUUGAUUGAUCAGGAA